AUGUCUUUUCUGUCAACAAUCUUGACCUCCCGGGGCUUUGGUGAUAAAUUACGAGAAAUUCAGGUCCAGAUUCUCAAUCCUAAGCCUGAGCCAGGCACAGCGAUUGUCAGAGACUGGAUCCUUACAAGCGCUGAAGCGAUUUACAUGGAAGAAAUACAAGUACUUAUGGAAAAGGAGAGCGGGCUUCACAUGAAUGCUGCCCACCUUCACCCGGCACAGCUUGAAGACGGAAAAAUUAGCACACUGAAGUCAUUAUUCGAAUCUAAGGCACCAGCAACUUGGGCCCUGAUCAACCACUUACUUACUGUGGAAAGCAAAACACGGGCAAGGCGAUGGGCAAAGCCGGCACCUCCAAGCGCUGAGAUGGGCAGUAGGAAAAAUGGGGACAAUGAUGGAGAUCAUAUUAGUGCGGGAAGGCAGUUGAAGGGGAGUUAUAAUUACUCAGAGAGACAUUAUGCUCCACUCCAAAUCAAAGGUGUGGUAAUCAUGUCGAUUAUCACGAAUAGUUGCAAUGGUCAUUGCAACGCUUUGCAAGUCAAAAAUUCCUUCUAUUUGGCCGCUUCAAAUGCAUCAAAAUCAGUGUGUGCAUGGGCUGCCCACUGCGGACUUGCAGUCUCCCUUUCGGCCAGUGAGAGGCUUCGGAUAUCUCUGAUAAUCAAUCAGAAGGCCUUGAAUAAAAGACUUGGACCCACCUGCGUCACCAACAUCGCGUAUGACAACUGCGACUUCAAGUUUAGUGUCGGCCAGCCAACGGACCUCAAAGAUCGGACAUUUGAGAGUAUCACGACGGGGCUGUUUUUUGCGCCGCCCAAGGAAGUGCUGCCUCAGCACUUAGAAUAUGCCCAAUGGUUAUGGGAUACUCACCCAAACAACCCGAUGGCCAUAAACAUCGCACCCACCAUCAACCCCACCGACGCAAUACUGAUGAGUGAAGCCUCAUUCAAGUUGGCAGAGCAUUUUCAGUGGCAUAUUGCAUCGGUAUUAAUUGAACAGUACUUCCCAGAAAUGCGAUCACAUCUUAUCGACCCACCAUCGACAUUCAGUUUGCCACCACGUAAAACGGAGUUCUCAACAGCAGAAGCUGUGUAUGCGAAAGCAUCCACCAUUGAUGGGAACAUCGAGGCAAUAACAUCGCUUCUUGAUCAAAGCGGUAUUGCGAAAGGAGUGUUUGAGAAAUAUGUCGUCCUUAUUCAUGGGGAUCUUGGGACGAUGGAGAAGAUCGAGGCGAUCUUGAACUCGCGGCAGAUUGAAGAAGAUGUGUUCGAACGAAUGCACUAUCUUCUACCUAUACCAGGACUCUUUCAUGUCAGAAUGGCAUGUGUCGAUGCAAUAAAUAGGAUUUAUGCAACAGGGGAUGGCUUACGAAGUGACCCGAAUGGGCUUUACAAGCACCUAUGCUUGCUUUUCCCAAAUGACCUUUCCAAAUUGAACAAACCAGUCCCACCUUUUCGGAUGCUGAAUGACGGAUUACACUAUGUUACACAGUGUAUGAUUCUUGAUGCGUGGGCAGAGAGUUUGGGAGGCGACAUCAAAGGAUUUGUGACUUCCGAGCCGACCUUGGAAAAGAUCAACCAACAUGCGGAGGAAAUCACAAGGGCGCACUUUGGAUCCAAACGAAAUAACGUUAUGAAUCAGGAAGAUCGAGAUCAAAGAAGGGAGAACCAACUCACAUUCAACCGAGAUGCGAUGUACUACCGCAUCCUCGUGCAUGCAAUGAACUAUGGAAUGGUUGACGUAAUAAUCGAUGUCCUUGCAUUCUGGGUUCCACUCUUCCAAGCAAGCGGAAAACAUAAAUAUGCAACAUACCUUUCAAGGUUUCUUUCCAGACUGCGACAUUACCCACAACCACUCCAAGAAGCUGUUAAGAGGUGCUGGCUGUGUAACCCCUCGGGGAAAAGGGGGGGAUUUCGGGCAAUCGACUGGCAAGUGGAAUUGAUGAAUCUUUACACGAAGGUUGUCUACUCAGGCACAGGAUCUGGAAAAACAAUAGAAUACAUCGUUAGUCAAUCAUCAAUAAUUCAGGCUUAUCGGACGUGCAUUGAAGAUGUUGAGGAAGAUUACCACAUACCUGACAAGACCCUUCGCCAUGCAACUCCUGACAUAGAAUCCAGAUUGGUCGCUAUUCAACAUGAACUUCAAGACCACAUUCAGAAGGGUCUUGAACUAUUCCAACGUGGCACAACGCGGGGGUCAAGCAACAUGAAUCAACUGGAAUCAAUGGAUGAGACCUAUGAGACUUACGAAAUUGAGGCAGAUGACUUGGCAGUUUGA